AUGAGCAAAGAAAGCCAGGGAGGAGGCGGUUUGCUGGUGUGGGCAGCGAGGCUGCUUCUGCUGGACACCGUGGUCUUUGCGGUCUCGGCCAUGCAGACAGUGAGUUUGGUCGAUUUCUGUGGCCAGACCCUCCGAGGGGAUGGGAUGGUGUUAACGUCCCACCGAGACUCCCGGCGCUACUACUUUGUGGUCCCUGGCACAGACUGCCAGCUCGCCCUGCAGGCUGCGUCCCCCAGAGACAAGGUCCAGUUCCAGUUCCGCUUCUUCCUGGUGUACAGCAUGCUGCGCUUGCCUUCCAGCACGCCUCCGGGAGCCAGUGAGGGCCACCCCCCUGCAAGCUCCCCCCAGCCCCACAGGCAGCAGGACACCCCCGCCCCUUGCACCUCAGGCUCCUAUCUGCAGUUCUAUGACGGCAAGGACCACACCGCCAAGCCGCUGGGGACCCCGCUGUGCGGGAAGAGCAUCCCUAGGCCCAUCCUGUCCACCGGCAGCUUCCUGACGCUGCGGCUCGUGACCCGCGGCCAACAGCCUCGCGUGGACUUUGUUGGCGACUUCACCUCCCUCCGAACUGGGCUGAACGCGUCGGCUUGCAGUGCGGAGUCGUACUUCCCCUGCCGCAACGGCAAGUGCAUCCCGUCCGGCCUCGUGUGCGAUGGAAGCAACGUGGACAACUGCGGGGAUGGGACAGACCAGAACGUCCAGCCUCCCGCCUGGUGCAAAGGCUCAGCCACCCCUUUGCCACCCCUGCAUCCCGAGGCUUCUUCUGCAGCUAGUGUCCUCCCAAGUCAGGUGACCUGCGCAGGACUCCAAGACAGCCAGCUCCUGCCCCCGGGCAUGGCCACCUGGGACAAAGCAGACAAACAGAAGCCUGUCUUCAUCUCGCUGGCCGCCAUCUUAGGCGCGGCCUUGCUGUGCUGGUGCUGCUGGAACCCAGGCUGGUUCGUUUGGAGAGUCGGUGCCUGCAGGUACCUGCCUGGCUGCAAUUCCGUCUGCGCCGCCUGCCACCUCUGCACCCGCAGCUGCGCCCGCCGAGAGCCAGCCAAGGUGACCCCGCAUGCCAGCGCCGAACCACCCGUGUGACGUGCCCGUCGUACGGGAAGGGGGAACAGGGCCAUGGGGCUCCGUUUCAGAGCAUGGGAUAGAAAGACGUAGGUAGCGGAGACACGGUGGAGCUAAGCAGACAAGACACCUGCUGGAGCUGCAUAACCGCUGAUCUCCCAGAGACAGAAGAUGGCAGGAA